CUGUAGCUACAGCUGUUGCUGCUGCUGUUGCUGCUGCUGCUACUACAGCAGCUGCUGCUGUAGCUACAGCUGUUACUGCUGCUGCUGCUGUUGCUGCUGCUGCUGCUGCUGCUGCUGCUGCUACUACAGCUGCUGCUGCGUUGCCUGCCGACAGCAGCGACCUGUUGUGAGCAUUGCGAGCCCCGCUGCCGUGAAGUUGCGGGGAAAGUAUCUGAAGUCGCGAAAGCUUCAAAUCUCCAAGAUAUCAAAAUGGACGAGCGGCGCAUGCAUCAGGACGAUGAGGAGCGGCAACAGCAGCAGCAGCAGUCUCCAAACAAUCGGAAGGCUCCUUCACGCACCAGGCAGAAUGCAGCUUAGUCUGUGCGACAGUAUCCUCCUGCCUUGGCAGAGGCAGCAACCCAGACUUGUCAGUCUCCACAGGCUCAGUCAGUUAAGCACACCCCACCAGUGCCUAAGGUGUCUUCUGGCAGCAGUCAGCGACCGAGUGGAGAGGCGGCUUCUGAUACGAACUCCCAAGGCUGCGUGAAAGUGGUGUACGACAUGCUGAUGACUGCAAGCAACUGUGGCAGCAAUUGGCCAUCCGACCAAGAAGACAUAUUUCGCCUCCUGGUGCACGGGAGAGAACAUUUUGAAAUAUUAAAGAAAAUCAAGGAAAACCUGGAGCUGAUCCGAACGCUGCCCACGGAUGCCAAUGUGUUGCGCAACCUGCAGCAACAACAAUACGUGACGGAAUUGCGUGGCAGGCCGUCCAACCUCAGCCGACACGGCAGCGAGUGUUCACAGGAAGUCUUGGUCGGCAGCCAGGGACCCUCCAGUGCUGGCGAAGGUUCCUCAUCAGGCGUUGUACAGGAUGUUGUGACGGGUGAAGCGAGUGGAUCCAAUGGUCCCCCACGGCCACCGGACGGAGACAACCCACGGGCCCGGCUUGGAACCCUGCCGGACAGCGGCAAGCCUGGCAACGCUCUUUACAACUUCCUGAAACAAAUAGACUGCUUGGAGUUUUUGGAGAAUUUCACUUCGCGUGGAUUGUCGAGUGUCCAACAGCUGAUGAACGUUACUCUACAGGACUUGGAUGAACUGAGAGUCCCAGAAGCCAAAAAGCGACUGCUGCUGAGUGGAAUCGAAGAGCAUCAUCGUGUGUCGACCACGAUCUCCAGCGAGACAACGCUGCAGCGCUCGUCCAGUGAAGAGACAGUCCACCUCAGCUCCGAGGACGACGACGAUGACGGCAUCGACACCAAGGACGGCAUCCGUGCCAAAGUGUUCCCAGCGCUGCGGCCCUCUGGCAGGAAUCUGUCCUCUGUCGGCAAUCGGUAUCGCAAAAGCAGCAUUGCCAAAUACAAUUUGCGAGCGUACGCUCGCCAAGCCGUUGACUUUCCUCGUGCUGGCAGCUGGGGAGGCAGUAGCAGCCUGGAGGUGCCCAGGAGCAAGAUGCCAAAAUUGUCUUCAUGCUCUGACAUCGAAGAAGAGGAGGGGCUGGAGUGA